GGUCGCUGCCCCCACCCGCCGGCCGGGCCGACCGAAAGCGAAAGCGGCUUCGGGCAGGGGCGGGUCCGGGCGCAGGAGGCCCCGGCCGGGUCGGUGGCUGCGCGCCGCGGAGCCGCCCGGCAGCACCAUGGAGCGCCGUGGGGAGGAGGUGGAGCUAGAGAAGAGUGUACGGCGGCUGCGGGAGAAGUUCUACGGGUGGGUGAGCGUGGAGGAGGCCGUGCUGCUCAUGCGGCGCUACCACAACAACCAUGCCAUGGUCUGCAAGGUCAUCGUGCUGUGCCGGGAGCAGCUGGGGGACGCGGACCCCGAGGAGCGCCGGACUCUGGAGCACGACCCGGUGGUGAAGAAAGUGGUGGAGAAACUGAAGCAAGAAGAGGAACAACAGAAACAGAAACCCAGCCUCGACUGUGAGAGCGACAAGGACAUCGAGGCCAUCGCCCAGCAGCUGAGGGUGCUGCCCCUGACGGAGCGGAACCUGCGCAUGUUCGAGCACGCCAGCCGCAACCUCAUCCCCUCGGCCGAGCGCCAGUUCGCCUGCCAGCCCUGCGACAGCGCCUGGUGGCGCCGCGUGCCCGAGAGAAAGCAGGUGUCCCGGUGCCGGCUAUGUGGGAAGCGCUAUGACCCGGUGCCCUACGACAUGAUGUGGGGCACGGCCGAGUUCCACUGCCCCGCCUGCAACCGCAGCUUCAGGGGCUCAGCACAGAUGGGCAUGGCCUCUCCCUGCUUCAUCUGUGGCACCCGCGUGCUGCCCAGCCGCAUCCUCUCGCCUCACGAGAUUGCCGGGUCCCGGAGCCGUAACCCCCACUCCUGCUACGCUGAGGACUGCUACAACCGCCGAGAGCCCCAUGUGCCCGGCACCCACUGCGUCCACCCCCGCAGCCGCGCCAAGAACAGGCUGCCCAAGGUGCUGUUUGCCAGCCUGGAGCACCAGAGCACCGGCUCCACCGUGGCCACCUGCCUGAGCCAGGGCAGCCUGGCCCACUGCGACCUGGACGAGCUCCUCCUCGACGACCUGGCAGAGGAGAGCGAGGGCUCCAGGGACUAGCGCCCCUGCUGGCUCUUGGCCCUGGGGCCCCCUGCCCCCAAGGCUCUGUUUGCACUUUAUCCUUCUCUCGGCUUUUCUCGCCUGGCCAGGCCGACCCUGCUCCUCGGAGCAGGUGGGGAUCCUCUCUGGGGCAGGGCUGGGGCCCAUCUCUGCCCAGCCCUGGUGGAAGCUGCAUGUCGGCCUGGUGCUGCUGGGGCCCUGCGGGCGCUGGGCUUGGCACUGGAUCUUUGCUUCCCCUUUAAUUAUUCCACGUAACUCUUACAGAACCAGGGUCUGGAGGGCCCCGGGGUCCCCUCCCUGAUCCGGGGGGGCUGUGGGGAUGGAGUCUGGGCCUGGAUUUCAGGCUGAAUUCUGGCUCUUUUGCACCUCUCUCUUUGCUGGCUCAGGCCCUGGGCUUGCAGCAUUGACCAAAGCCAAGCAGCUGGAUGGGGCAAGGCCGGCUGCCCCCAGGACCAAGCCAGGGCGGGCGCAGGGGGCAGUUCUCCCCAUGGCCCUGCCAGAGACGCUGCCCUCGCCCCUUUCCAUGGCAGGCUCGGCUGGGCCAGCCCAUCUGUCUUGUGUCUGUCUGCACCAGGGGCAAGUCCGGAGCUUUAACCCCAAAGUGCCCAUCCCCUCCUGCUGCCCUGGGCAUGGGGGUUGCUGGGAGACGCCCAUCACAGUGGUUACAAUUUCUUAGCAGCCACCUUUUUUUAAACUGAAUCAGAAUAAAGACUGUCUGUCACA